CUUCAUGUGGCCUUUUAAAGAUGCAUUUGAGACAAUUAUAAGCAGAAGCUGAGAAUGCCUGGACAGUUUCUGGUUUUUCCCACCACUCUUCCAGCCUUUCCCCCUGCCUGCCUGGUUCAGAUGAUAUGAUUCUCAGUGGGACGCCUUAAUCAAAGUUGUUCCUCGGCUGGACACCUCUGCACGAGACUGUUUCUGUCACUCAAGAUGGCCAGUCAGCUGCCCGAAGACCCUGCAGAGGCUCAAGUCUCCGACGAGCUGGAGUGCAAGAUCUGUUACAGUCGGUACAACCUGAAGCAGAGGAAACCCAAAGUGCUGGGGUGUUGUCACAGGGUCUGUGCCAAAUGCCUGUACAAGAUCAUUGACUUUGGGGACUCCCCACAGGGUGUCAUCGUCUGCCCUUUCUGUAGGUUUGAGACAUGCCUGCCAGACGAUGAAGUUAGUAGCCUGCCUGAUGACAACAACAUCCUGGUAAACUUGACUUGUGGAGGCAAAGGGAAGAAGUGCCUGCCCGAGAACCCCACCGAGCUGCUGCUGACCCCCAAGAGGCUGGCCUCCCUCGUCAGCCCUUCCCACACGUCCUCCAACUGCCUGGUCAUAACCAUCAUGGAGGUGCAGCGAGAGAGCUCCACGUCUCUGAGCUCCACUCCUGUGGUCGAAUUUUAUAGGCCUGCAAGUUUCGACUCUGUCACCACUGUGCCUCACAGCUGGACUGUGUGGAACUGCACCUCCCUGCUGUUUCAGACCUCCAUCCGGGUGUUAGUGUGGCUGCUGGGGCUGUUGUAUUUCAGCUCCUUACCCUUGGGAAUCUACUUACUAGUGUCUAAAAAGGUCACCCUCGGGGUUGUCUUUGUCAGCCUCGUGCCUUCCAGCCUGGUCAUCCUCAUGGUGUAUGGUUUUUGCCAAUGCGUUUGUCAUGAAUUUCUGGACUGUAUGGCACUCCCUUCUUGAUCAAUAUGCAAAAUAUGGAAUUUGACACAUAUUGUCAUGUUUGAAGUUAAUUGAUAAUUUAUAUAAUUUACAUUCUUUUAUGUUCCUAAUGAUUAGCGUCCGUGGCAUCAACAAAGGCCUUGGCCAUAUGUUUCUGGUCUGUUUUCUAUUCAGGUGUUGACUCGGUGGGUGAAAGUGUUCUGUACUUAGGAAUUAGUAAAGAAGCAAAGCUGUGUGAGCUCAGUCUUUAUGGGCUGUGACAGCCAUGAGACUUCCUUGAGCAGGGGCAGCAUUUCUCAAGGCCCCUCCAGACGGCCCGAGAGUGAGGUGCAUGGUGAAGGAGGAGAGGUCUUUGCAGAGAUUAGGAUUGCGCUGAUUGCUCCUUUCACAGUCAUGGGGAGUCUACAUGGGGGGGUGACACUGGAGCAAAGUUGCUCCACAACCUGAGUUUGUAGUCUGUGCCCUCAUAGUCUGGGUGUUGGAACCCCAAUCUUCUUCAGGUGCUUUCUCUGAAGGUAAUGUCGCUGUGAGAUUGCUGCUCCUUGGAGACACCUGUCCCCUCUGGGCAUUCACCCCUGCCAAGAGGACACUAGGCCUGUUCCCUUGGGUAGUCUCAUUGAAUACCUGUUUUGGUGUAUUACUAAGGAGAAUAGAAAACAUUGAUCAAUUUGCAUCAAAGUAGGCUUCAUGGCAGAAUAAGUCCACUUGUCUUCCCUCCAUGUUCAUUUCCCUUUCUCCUCCAGCUUCUCUGAAAAGAAGUGAAGAGAAUGAACUUCUUGUAGAACAGUUAUUGUUCAUGGGAACUUCCAUUUGAAUCUUUCCUUAAAACAUCUUAGUUUUGCUUUAUUUUUAACUACCUUGCUCAUUCACCCCUUGUCCCACCAAGGUUCCAUUUAAAUUAGCUGCUGUAAAUUCCUAGUUUAAAAUAUUUUAUUAGGAUUUAUUUAACUUAAUCCUACAACAGUUGGGGGUAAAUUGUGACAGUGAAAACCCAGAAACAAUUAGUUCAUGGGUUGAAGUUUUGAGAACCUAAGUUUUUUGUUGUGUUAUGUGCAGAACUGUGUGCUAUAGAAAGAAAUCCAGGCAAAGCAAUAGCCAGGGACACUCGAAACUGACACCUUGCUGGAAAAGCCCCUUCAAGGGAGGAAAGUGGAGGUGGCAGAGUGCAACUUAAGCAUGUUAUUACCCUUGUUGUAGUUAAGUCAGUUUGGGAAUAGAUUGACGUUCUUAAAUUUAUUUCAAAUAAAAGCAUAAGCUAUGAGACCUGAGCUCAUGGACUUUUCAGGAUGUAGGGGAAGUUGAAUGUAUAUGUUUAUGAGAAUGAAUUGUCUAGCAGAUUUUAGGUUUGGGAGAAUAGAAUAUUUACAGAAAUUAGGGGAGAAAAGCUUUUUAGUCUCUAAACCUCAUCACUAAUGAUAUUAACAUUAAAUAUUUAUAACUCUUAGAAAAGGGCAUCACUAAGGGUACUUUAACUUGUUUGUGAUAAAGUAUUUGUUGUGCAAAAUAGUUACAGUGGGCCACUUCCAAUCUCCUUAUGGAGGAGAAAUUGAUAUUUAUCUUGAAUAGCAGUUUGAUUUUAUUUGUGUUACUAUUAACUCUGAGAACACGUAUGCCCUUGGUAAGUAUGAGGAGAAAGUUUAUGUGGGGUAUGGUCCAAUGAAUUUAAGCCCCAAGAUAUAGCUAACCACGUUUAUAAGUCCAUAAAAUCUAGUUUUGGUAGCACUGUGAAUGCAUUUUCCAGAAAUUCAUUUGUACUUUGAGUAAAUAUAAUGUUUAGGAAAUGUUUUGUGGUUUGGAUUUAUAUAUUUAUAAGGUUUUUUAAAAAAAUGCCUCAUUUUGUCGGAAAUGUAACAUUGAGUAAUAUUGGUGACCUAUAUGAUGAGAUUUCCAGAAGGCUCUGGACAUGGGUACCAUGUGUUUUACUUAUUUGUAUAAAGUCUGCAGUGCUAACUGUGUGUAUCUGUGUAUCACAGCGGUCUUUUUCUUUAGUUGGCUUGGUUUUAAAGAGUUUUAAGUGUAUGACAACAACAAUAACAGAAAAUUCAUCUUUAUGCUAUUGAAUGGAAAAAGGGCAAUGCUUUAAUAUUUUAUUCACUGUGAUAAUGUUUUGUUUGUCUAUUAAAUUUGACUAGAAGUUUGCCUUCUUGAGUUGUGGCUGAGAUUCAGUUAUUACUCUGGGCCCCAGGUUGACUUUAGAUAACUAUAAACAUGAACUUUGAGAAACAUUGGUUAAGCUAAUAACGUCUUUAUCAUACGCAUAAAGAUUUCAGAACCUGUGACAAAGCUAACCUGACCCAUGGCACUUCCAGAAGGCCUUCAUCUUUUGUUAAAAGUGGGGGACAAAGGCCGGGGAUUUAGCUCAGUGGUUCUGGCGCCUGCCUCGCAAGCGCAAGGUCCUGAGUUCGAUCCCCAGUACCAAAAAACAAACAAACAGAAAAGUGGGGGACAAACAUUAGGGAAGGUGAAAUAAAAAUAUUGUCUUUAUAAAUACAUUUGUUUUCAGUUUUGAUUUAUUUGAUUUGAUUUCAAUGUUUUGCCUAGCUGCUCAACAUAAUAGAAUCCCAUUUAUUUGGAGAAUACCUUACUUUAUGUGGUCUGGGAAAAUUUUUUAAAGUUACUUGGUAUUUUGUUAAGCAAAGUAGAAACAAUUCGAGAAUAUGUACCUGUUCUAUGUUAAUCAAGAAUAAUGAUUUUAUUCACUUCUGAAAUCUUUACCUGAGACGGACAGAAGCAGGUUCAAGACAGCAAGUGGCUGUGCCCUCAUAACUUUACGUGAGCUGGGCUUAACCACGGAGAGGCCAGAAAGUGAUGAGCACUUGCUGGGUUGUAAAGAGAUAGGGGUCUUCUGAGGCACCUGGAAGAGAUUUCUCAGUAUCUCACCCAGGUAGACCUGAAGCCAUGAGGACCCUGGCAUUCAUAGGCCAGCUCGCAGCGUGCCCUGGGCACAGGGGAGCCUGGAAGUGGGGAGUGGAGGUGCACCCAUUCUAUUCUGUGUGGGUCGACAGUUUGGGAGCCUUGCUCCUUUUGCAUACUCCGCUUGGUAAAUGAAUACCUCAGUUCUUUUGAAGCACCAUGGAAAUACCACCUAUUAUCCCAGAACUUUCCUUGAAACCAGUGAUGGUAUUGGUUACAGGGAUCCCUAAAAGAGCUUACCCAUUUGCUCUUGCAGCUUGAGUUGUGUGUACUUUCCACAUCUUUCCCCUUUGUUGGGUGUGUUUUGCUCUUCAGUGCCCUGUAUGAACUUUCAUUCCUGUAGGUGUAGUCUUGAGUCUUUCCUCACAAGUUUUCUUUAUUGCAAAAGAUUUGUUUAAAAACGUGGAUAACUAAGUGUUGAAAUUUAAGUAAAUUCCAUGUUAGUCCCAGAGGCAACACUGAUUCAGCCCAUUUCCUUGUGUCAUUUAAAUCUAUGGUAUAAUCUGAACCUAACUGUAUUCACUGUACAUGUAUUUAUACUUCUAAUUUGAAGGUGCUUUAAGUUUAG